UAGAAACUACAGUGAAACACAAUGACAUUAACUAUCAAACGAAAUUAAUGGUGUUAAAUUCUUGUGGCAAUUUUAUGGAAUGCAAAAUUUUUGUAAUUGUCAAGACAUUUCUGUGAAACACAAUUAAAAUGGGAAAUCAAAAUAUUAAAGCGGCACAAAAUAAGUUUUGUGACAAACAAAUGAGUGCAGGCGAUGUGGGAACAUUUUCAAAUGGCUCUAAUAUAAGAAAAUUCACAAAAAAUCAAGGGCCAGGAAGACCAAGAAAAACAGGAAAAAUACAAAGCUCUCGUGAAAAAGAUAACAUUAAACUGUCACGAUCUGAUAUACAAAGAAUUAAAAACAUGCUUAACGAGAGUAGGCCUGUAAUGUUAACACUUAUGGAUCCGAACAGAACUAAUUUGUAUCCACAGCACAUCUAUCCAUUGAAUGGAUCUCUCUCUGAAAAGUAUUACAAAAAAACUUCAAAAACAUCAUGUCGAAGAGUCAAAUCAAACCCGUGUUCUGAUUUCUGUCCUGAAUGUCAUGAAAAAUCUGUUAUUUACAGCUUCAAAAAUAAGCAUUUUUAGCCCUUUAUUUGUGAAAUCGUUUUAGUUUUUAACUGGUUAUAAAAUUAACUUGACGUUUGCGUUACGUUCCACGGGUAAACGAAACUCGAUUUAUAGCAACACAGGCCACUGGCGCGCCGUCUUCGUGUUCCGAGGUGAUCCGCGCGUGUCAUUGGAAAUAAAGUUUUCUUAAUGUUUUCAAUGCGAAAUUCAAUAGUAAUUAUAUCAAAUUAAUAAAUCGUGUGUAGUGAUUAUGUGCUGUUAUCUUGUGAGUAGCUGAGGUGUACGAUAAGGGUGUCGUUGCAUGGUGGGGGAGAGGAGAAGGCAAGAGGAUGGGGGACAGCUUCUUGCACCUGGGGGACAUUGUCUCCCUCUACGCGGAAGGGACUGUUGCGGGAUUCCUCAGUACUUUAGGGUUGGUAGAUGACAGGUGCGUGGUCUGUCCAGAGGCUGGCGACCUGACUGAUCCACCCAAAAAGUUCCGAGAUUGCCUGUUCAAAAUAUGUCCCAUGAACCGGUACUCGGCUCAAAAGCAGUUCUGGAAUACGGCCAAGCAGUCUGCGAACCCUAACGCGGACACCGGACUGCUGAAGAGGUUACACCAUGCCGCUGAGAUCGAGAAGAAGCAGAACGAUUUGGAGAAUAAGAAACUUCUGGGGACUGUCGUGCAGUACGGCAGCGUCAUACAGCUGCUGCACGUCAAGUCUAACAAGUAUCUUACGGUAAAUAAGCGACUACCCGCAUUGCUCGAGAAGAACGCGAUGCGGGUUCAUUUGGACGCUAACGGAAAUGAGGGCUCCUGGUUUUACGUAAUGCCUUUCUACAAAUUGCGGUCGACUGGGGACAAUGUGGUGGUCGGUGAUAAAGUGAUAAUGAACCCGGUGAAUGCGGGACAGCAAGUGUUGCACGUCUCUUCCAACCACGAGCUUCCGGACAACGCCGGCUGUAUGGAGGUGAAUGUAGUCAAUUCCUCCACAUCCUGGAAAGUCACCUUAUUUCUCGAGCACAAAGAGAACCAGGAGGAGAUAUUGAAAGGUGGCGACGUGGUGAGGCUGUUCCAUGCAGAGCAAGAGAAGUUCCUCACUAUGGACGAGUACCAGAAACGGCAGCACGUGUUCCUGAGGACCACGGGUCGAUCCAGCGCCACCGCCGCGACCAGCAGCAAAGCGCUGUGGGAGAUUGAGGUGGUGCAGCACGACCCGUGCCGCGGCGGCGCUGGACACUGGAACUCCAUCUUCAGGUUCAAGCACCUCGCCACCGGACACUACCUGGCGGCCGAGGCGUGCAACCGCCCACACGACGGGCCACUAGAAGCGGGCGAGCCGGCCUACCAGCUGGUCCCUGUCCCGCAUUCAUCGGAGAUCGCAACACUUUUCGAACUGGACCCGACCACGAUGACGCACUCUGACGCCCCCGUGCCGCAGAGUAGUUACGUUAGAUUACAACAUUUAUGCACGCACACAUGGGUCCACUCAACGUCGAUACCAAUUGACAAAGAUGAAGAAAAACCGGUUAUGUCAAAGGUGGGGUGCUCGUUGGUGAAAGAAGAUAAGGAAGCGUUCGCCCUGAUAUCCGUGUCGCCGAGCGAGGUCCGGGAUCUGGAUUUCGCCAACGACGCCUGCAAGGUCCUCUCUGCGCUCUCCACCAAACUGCAGCAGGGCACCAUAGAACCUAACGAGAGAAAAGCACUGACAUGUCUGCUUCAGGACAUAGUGUAUUUCAUAGCGGGCUUCGAAAACGAACCGAAUAAGUCUGAAGCCUUGGACCUGGUCGUCGAGAACCCGCACAGAGACAGACAGAAGCUAUUACGCGAACAAUACAUACUGAGACAGCUGUUCAAAAUAUUACAGGGUCCGUUCCAAGAGCCAGCCGACGGGGAGCCUUUCCUCAAGAUCGAGGAGUUGAACGACACGCGCUACGCUCCAUACAAGAACAUCUUCCGGCUCUGCUACAGGAUCCUGAGGCUCAGUCAGCAGGACUACAGGAAGAACCAGGAGUACAUAGCGAAGCACUUCGGGUUCAUGCAGAAGCAGAUAGGGUACGACAUCCUGGCUGAGGACACGAUCACCGCCCUGUUGCACAACAAUAGGAAGCUUCUGGAGAAACACAUCACAGCAUCCGAAAUCGAGACCUUCGUAGGUCUCGUCCGGAAGAACAUGCGCACCUGGCAGUCCCGGUUCCUGGACUACCUGAGCGACCUGUGCAUCUCCAACAAGAAGGCUAUUGCCGUCACGCAGGAGCUCAUCUGCAAGAGCGUGCUCUGCGCCAACAACUCCGACAUACUCAUCGAGACCAGGCUGGUAUCCAUUAAAUAUAAAGAAAAAGGAAAGAUGUCGGACCCCGAUGAAUCCAAGUGCAGCGUGGAGCAGAGAGUCAUGCUGUUCUGGAACAACAAAAAGAAUCAAAGAUACCUGACGGACCUCGCGGCCGAGGCUCGCCUGGACCCCAACAGCGAGGCCGCCGCCAUCCUGGACUACUAUCGGCACCAGCUCGACCUGUUCUCGAACAUGUGUCUCAACAGACAAUACCUGGCGCUCAACACGCUGUCCCCACAGCUCCACAUCGACCUCAUAUUGUUGUGCAUGUCGAACUCGUCUCUGUCGUACGAGGUGCGCGCGUCGUUCUGCCGGCUGAUGCUGCACCUGCACGCCGACCGCGACCCGCAGGAGCCGGUCACGCCCGUCAAGUACGCGCGCCUCUGGACCGAGGUCAUCGACCGCAUACACAUCCACGAUUACCAAUGCGUGAAGGGGGGCCCGGACGCGAACAGAGAGAAGGUAAAGGAACAGUUCGCUCGCACGAUACGUUUCGUCGAGAAGUACCUCUGCAACGUGGUCAGCAGGACCUGGUACUUCAGUGACCACGACCAGAACAAGUUGACCUUCGAAGUGGUAAAACUCGCCCGGGAACUCAUUUACUUCGGAUUUUACAGCUUCAGCGACCUACUCCGUUUGACGAAGACUCUGCUCAGCAUCCUGGACUGCGUCACCGCCAUGGAUCUGCUCAACGAGACCAACGCUCUGUCCGGGGAGGUCGAAUCCGAGGGCGGUGUACUCAGGAGCAUAGGUGACAUGGGAGCCGUUAUGACUUCGAUAACACUCGGAUCUGUCGCUAGAAACCAAGUAGGAGGUACCGCGACAACCCCGGGAACGGGCACCGGGCUGCAGAGAAGCGCCUCCGCCCUGAUGCUGGCCAGGGAACAUCCCCUAGUCAUGGACACGAAGCUCAAGAUCAUUGAGAUAUUGCAGUUCAUCCUCGAUGUAAGACUUGACUACCGCAUCAGCUGUCUGCUGUCCAUCUUCAAGAAGGAGUUCGAGCAGGCCGGGGAUCAGCGUGCCGCCGACUCCCUGGGCCGGGCCGACGUGGAGGCCAUAGGGCUGCAGGCCGAGGGCAUCUUCAGCUGCCGAGCUGUACAAACUGUGCCAGAGAGCUGCCUUCCAAAAAAUGUAGAUUUGGACGGCUUAGACCUAGACGAAUGCGGGGGACGCAUGGUGUUACGCGUCCUCCUGCAGCUGUGCUCGCAGGGAGCCUCGGCGGCGCUCGUCUCCGGAGCCCUAGCGCUCCUGUUCCGACACUUCAGCCAAAGGCAGGAGGUUUUAGCUGCUUUCAAACAGGUCCAGCUCCUGGUUUCUGACGCUGAUGUGGAAUCGUACAAACAGAUCAAAGCGGACUUGGACUUACUGCGGCAGAGCGUUGAGAAGUCCGAGCUCUGGGUCUUUAAUAAGGGACGAGCUGUCUUACUCGAUGAACUUGCCGGUCCGUCGGGCGCGGUGGGGCCGGGCGGGGCGGUGCUCGAGCGUAACGCGUCGCUCGACAACGUUCUGGACACUUCGAGAACAGCCAAACACGACCACAACGAAUAUAAGAAGAUUAAAGAGAUCCUACAGCGCAUGAUCAAGUACUGCACGCACGGCAACAGCGGCGCCGGCGACUGCGGCCGCCCGCGCCGCCACGAGCAGCGCCUGCUGCGCAACAUCGGCGUGCACAACAUCGUGCUGGACUUGCUGCAGGUGCCGCACGACGAGGACGACGCAGCUAUGGACGAGCUGCUGUCGCUAGCUCACGAGUUCCUCCAGCACUUCUGCCACGGAAACCAGCAGAACCAGACGAUCCUCCACAAACAUCUCGACUUGUUCCUCAACGCGGGAAUCCGAGAGGCGCAGACGGUCUGCGCGAUCUUCAAGGACAACGCGUCGCUGUGCGGGCACGAGGGCAACGAGAAGGUGGUGGCGCACUUCGUGCACUGCGUGGAGUCCCGCGGCAGGAAGCCCGACUACCUGCGCUUCCUGCAGACCAUCGUCCACGCCGACAAGCAGUACAUACGGAAGAGCCAGGACUUGGUCAUGCAAGAGAUGGUGAACGCCGGCGAGGAUGUCUUGGUCUUCUACAAUGACAAAGUUUCGUUCAAUUACUUCAUACAGAUGAUGAAACAGUACAAAGAGAAAGGGGAAAUGCCCGAAGCUCUUACAUACCACAUCCAGCUCGUGAAGCUGCUGACGUGCUGCACUAUGGGGAAGAACGUGUACACGGAGAUCAAGUGCCACUCGCUGCUGCCGCUGGACGACAUCGUGUCCGCCAUCACCAACCCGCACUGCAUCCCCGAGGUGAAAGAAGCGUACGUGGGCUUCCUGAACCACUGCUACAUCGACACGGAGGUGGAGAUGAAGGAGAUCUACAGCAGCAACUACAUGUGGGACCUGUUCGAGCGCUCCUUCCUCCAGGACAUGCACGCCAUCCUGCAGAGCGGCGCCGCCUGGUCGGACGUGCCGUCGUCGUCGCACAAGCCGUCCACCACCAGCACGCACCGCGCCUGGGUCAACUACGUCACCGACGUGCUCAUGCACACCAUAUGCACGUUCUUCAACUCGCCCUUCAGCGACCAAAGCACAACCGUGCAGACCCGUCAGUCGAUCUUCGUGAAGCUACUCCAGACGACGUUCAGUAUAUACCAGUGUCCGUGGCUCACGCCGCCGCAGAAGCUGAACGUGGAGAAGUGUAUACGGACGCUCAGCGAGGUCGCGAAAUCUCGCAGUAUCGCGAUCCCGCUGGAGCUCGAGGCUAAAAUACAGACCGUGUUCGAGAAGGCUGCCGCGCUGUCCCGCCAGACCAGCAAGUGGCUGCAGGCCUCGAAGACUUCGAAACUUGAGAAGAUGGCUUCGCAGUUGAACUUGCAGAACGAUAGGUCGGUGAUGGAGGGUCUACAGGAGAUCGUGUCCCUACUGGAGGAACAGCUCCGGCCGCUGCUGCAGGCGGAGCAGUCGCUCCUGGUGGACAUCCUGUACAAGCCGCACCUCCUGUUCACCAGCCCCGCCCAGCCCGACGCCAGCGGGAUCUUUAUAUCACGAUUAAUACGUCACACCGAGAAGCUUCUAGAAGAAAAAGAAGAAAAACUGUGCGUGAAAGUCUUACGCACGUUGAGAGAGAUGAUGGCCGUGGACCCGGAAUAUGGCGAGAAGGGCAACCAACUGAGGAACAAGUUGCUGUCUCAAUAUUUCGUGAACCGCAAGUCCGAGCCGAAGGUGCAGCCCCCGCCGCCCCCCGCCCCCGCCACGCACGGGCCCGGCGAUAAACAUCAUCAACAGCUGAAGCCAGCUAAAGUCUUGAUGCGGACCGGCCAAACUCUGGCGCAAGUCCAAGCACACCUGGACAAGGAAGGCGCCUCUGACCUGGUCGUGGACCUCGUCAUCAAAAGCACCAACCGCCCCGCCAUAUUCCUUGAGGCCAUACAGCUGGGAAUCGCUCUUCUAGAAGGGGGCAACCCUAUAAUACAGCAAAGCAUUUACACUAAACUACAAAACGGAGAAAUAUCUCAAGCAUUUUUGAAGGUGUUCUAUGAUAAAAUGCGUGAAGCACAACAAGAGAUCAGGUCGCUCGCGGCCAGCAGCACCACCGCCGCCGGCGCCGACAAGCAGCGGGCCCCGCACGCGGACGCCAAGAAGCCGCUUGAAAACGGGGUGAAGUCGAGUCCGGGGCCGCUGGUGGUGGGCGAGGAGAUGGAUGAGGAGGUGAACAGCGCGUGCGGCACCGCGGUGCACGCCUACUCCGACGUGCACACCAUAUCGCACGGUAGCACGGCGCUGGAAGAGAUCAUGUGCGAAAAGAAGCGGGAGUCCAGCAACUCGGACGUGCUGCCCCCCAAGGUGGCCGUCAUGAAGCCCAUACUCCGCUUCCUCCAGCUCUUGUGUGAAAACCACAACCCUGAUCUACAGAACCUACUAAGAAACCAAAACAACAAAUCGAACUACAACCUCGUGUCGGAGACGUUGAUGUUCUUGGACUGCAUCUGCGGCUCUACGACCGGCGGCCUCGGACUCCUCGGACUCUACAUCAACGAGGGGAACGUCUCCCUUAUCAACCAGACGUUGGAAACUCUUACUGAAUACUGUCAAGGACCGUGUCACGAAAACCAGAAUUGCAUAGCGACGCACGAGAGCAACGGGCUGGACAUCAUCACGGCCCUGAUCCUGAACGACAUCAACCCGCUCGGCCGGACGCGCAUGGACCUCGUGCUGGAGCUCAAGAACAACGCGUCCAAGCUGCUGCUCGCCAUCAUGGAGUCCAGGAACGACUCCGAGAACAACGCCGAGCGGAUACUGUACAAUAUGAACCCCAAACAGCUGGUUGAUGUUGCGUGCUCAGCCUUCCACCAGGAGCACGGCGCGGACUCGGACUCGGAGAGCGAGGACGACGCGCCCGUGCAGGCCGUCUCCCCCAAGGAAGUGGGCCACAACAUCUACAUACUGUGCCACCAGCUGGCGGCGCACAACAAGGAGCUGGCGGCGCUGGUGCGAGCCUCGCCCGCCGGCCCGCACGCGCUCGCGCUGCAGUACUACCGGACUCACACGGCGCAGAUCGAGAUCGUCCGCACGGACAGGAGCAUGGAGCAGAUCGUGUUCCCGAUCCCGGAGAUGUGCGAGUACCUGCCGGCCGACAGUAAGCACAGGGUGCUGCAGAGCGCCGAGCGCGACGACCAGGGCAGCAAGGUCGCGGACUUCUUCGCGAGGCUCGACCACCUCUUCCACGAAAUGAAGUGGCAGAAGAAAUUACGAGGACAACCUCUUCUGUUCUGGGUUUCAUCUUACAUGUCGCUGUGGAGUAACAUAUUGUUCAACUUCGCCGUUCUGAUCAACGUCAUCGUGGCCUUCUUCUACCCGUUUUCAGACGAGAACCCUCGUCUGGGCCAGCACGUGUCGCUGGCGGUGUGGGCGGCGAGUGGCGCGGCGGGCGCGCUGGUGGCGUGGGUGCCGCGGGGCGCGGGGGUGCGCGCGCUGCUCGCCUGCGCCAUAGUGCGCGUGCUCUGCUCCGCCGGCCCCGAACCCACGCUCUGGGCGUUGGCUAUGCUCACGAUAAUAGUAAAAGGUAUCCAUCUAGUCAGCAUAAUGGGUAACCAGGGUACGCUGUCCAAGUCGACGCGCAACGUCCUCACCGACCCUGAGCUCCUCUACCACACCGUCUACUUGUUGUUCUGCUUUCUCGGGAUAUGCUGCCACCCGUUCUUCUUUUCUGUCCUAUUGCUGGACAUCGUGUACCGAGAAGAGACGCUGCUUAACGUGAUGCGGUCAGUGACUCGCAACGGGCGGUCCAUCCUCCUGACGGCCGUGCUGGCGCUUGUCCUGGUCUACAUGUUCUCCAUCGUAGGCUACAUGUUCUUCAGAGACCACUUCCUGGUCAACGUCGAUCGGUUGGACGACGACGACGACCCCCGCUUCGAGGCCGACAGCUGCGGGCGCGACCCCGCCGACAAGUACCGAGGGGCGGGCGGGUGCCGCGCGGCGCCGCGCCUGGUGUCGGUGGGGGGCGAGCUGCGGGAGCGGAGCUGCGACUCGCUGCUCAUGUGCAUCGUCACCACGCUCAACCAGGGCCUGCGCAACGGGGGAGGCAUCGGGGACAUCCUGCGGGCGCCGGCCAGCUUCGAGCCGCUGUUCGUGGCGCGCGUGGUGUACGACCUGUUGUUCUUCUUCGUGGUGAUCAUCAUAGUUCUCAACUUGAUAUUCGGCGUGAUCAUCGACACGUUCGCGGACCUGCGUAGCGAGAAGCAGCAAAAGGAAUUAAUACUUAAGAGCACCUGUUUUAUAUGUGGGUUGAACAGGUCAGCCUUUGACAAUAAGACAGUGUCCUUCGAGGAACAUAUAAAGAGUGAGCAUAACAUGUGGCACUACCUGUACUUCAUGGUGCUCGUGAGGGUCAAGGACCCCACAGAGUUCACCGGCCCCGAGAGUUACGUGCACUCUAUGAUAAAGUCCAACAACUUGGACUGGUUUCCGAGACUGCGGGCGCUGUCCCUGAUGGGCGGCGGCGAGGGCGAGGGUGGGGAGCUGGAGCUGCGCGCGCUGCAGGCCCAGCUGGACCGCGCGCACCGCGCCGUGGCCACGCUCACCGAACUGCUCACCGACCUCAGGGACCAGAUGACCGAGCAGCGGAAACAAAAGCAACGCAUCGGCUUACUGAACUCGACCUCGGCGUACCUCCAGAACUUGCAAUUGAACCUGCCACCGUGAGCGACACGCCGGCCCCGCCGCAGCGACGCACGACUCUCGACCUUAACCACAGCAGCAUUGGAUCGAAAUUUGAACGACACUUAUUGAAUAUGUACACACACACAUCUUCAAGAAUAUACUUUACAAACAAAUCAAAUCACAUAUCGUCUUCUCGCAUUAAAACUGUAUAAUCUCAAAACUUACUAAUUUUACAGGAGAGUGUUUUAAAGUUUUUUUUAACAUGUCAUCUUUUUAUUUUAAUAUUAAUAAUAUUUGCAACAUUUAUUUUUUAAUUUUUUACCAGUUACAUUAACUGUCUUUUAAAGUAAGAUAAAAUUAUGUAUAAAUUUAUAUUUUAUAGUAGUCAAUACGUAGGUAAACUAAGAAAAAAGAAAUAAAACUAAACUACGCCCUUUUGACAGUAUUUAUGAAAAAAAAACUGGUGAUACCAAAUGUUUAUGCAAAUGAACUCAAUUUCGAAUAUUUUUGUAAAUUUUAUACUUUUAAUGCGAAAAUGCGAUAUAAUUGGUUAGAUAAGUUAUAGUGAUUGUUAAUCGAACCGUACCGUUCGUUCUAUAAGCAAUAUACAGCGUGUUCAAUUUUUACACUAAUACUAUUAUUCAUAUUUUCGAUAUUGAAUUUAGAUUUAUGUGAUCGAUUCAUUAUUACCAGCAGCCUCGUGCGUCCCUGCUUCAACACAACGCCCUCAGCCAAAACAUAGAACAAGACAUUCCAUCGCACAAUUGUUACCAAGCAACUUCGAUUUCCACUGAGACGCUCCUGCGAUUUAUACUAAAACAUACUUAAUGAUAAUAGGGAUAAAGCUCACAUUUAAAUAUACGUAAUCGUAGAAUCUAUCAGAUUUUAUUUUGUAGUUAGUAGAAAUAUCUUAUUUAAAUAAGAAAUUUAUCUAGUUGUAGUGUCGAGACAUAUCUGUCAUGAUAUUUCAUGUACUUAUUAGAUCGUUGGAUUUGUUAUCGAUUUUAUUAUUCUCUUUUAAUUUUACGAAUAUACAUACACACAUCCCUCCCAUUUAUAUGUUACUUAAGUAGAAACCAUUAAAAACAUUUUUAAAUAAAUAUAAAAACGAUAUUUUCGACUUUAAAUACUUAUAUUACAUUAGUAGUAUUACAUAAGUAUAUUAUAUGUGCGCACGAGUCAUGCACAUAUUUUUGUCAUUUUACGUGAAAAAAUAAAAUUAACAAAAAAUUCGUCAAUUCACAAUCAAAAUGCACCAACAAUGAAAAAUUUGUACAGUAACGGGAUGUCUAGUCCGAAAAUAACGCUCAACUCAAUGUGUGACGUCAUAUGUAGGUAAUGUACUUUGAUUUUGCUUUUCGGAACCGAAUGAGCAUGAGGUCGGUGACCUCGCGCCGAUCUCUAGGGUGAGGUAAAUAACACAUAAAUACUUAUUGGAAUAAGCUCAUACAAAGAUGGACAUGUGAUCACAUUGAUUGCAGUAUACUUAAGACGCUAUUGUUCUCAGAACUUUGUUCUUUUUUGUUAAUUUUCAUUGUUGUUCUGACGGAGGAGACCUUGAGGGGUACUGGAGGAGGAGGCUGUACCGUACGGGAGAGGCAGAGAUUGUUGAUGUGUGAUUGUUUGACUGAGGAAGCGGUCACUAGCGCCCUCUACGAUUUGUGUACUUAAACAGUUUUAUAGUUUGGGAGAAAUGGAUAAUGAUCGAUUUAAAAAUUGCAUCUUUAAAUAUUAAUUCAAUAAAUUCACCGUGUCUAUUUUUUCUUACAACAAAAAAAACUAAUCUAUUUUCAUCUCUGUACAUAUUAGAAUCACUAAAAAUUUUUCUUUUUUCUCUCUCUCUUGCUCAAACAUUACCUUAUUUUUUGUAAUCAUAAUUUUAAUUACAGCAGUCUUUAUAAAUUUCACAAAAAAACUGAGCGAUUCGGUUUAAUAGCCUCUGUCUGCCCUACUCCCCUUUGGAACAUGCGUGUAGUGGAAUAAGCUCAAUAUAUUUACUUACCUAUCUACAUUAGUUAGAAAACUAUCGAAUAAAUUUAAAACAACACUAUCGUUCAAACAGUAUCUUUUGAAGAUCUGAAUUGCGUUUUAAAAAUUAAUAACUCUUUUUUGUUGUAUUUUCUAAAUGUUUAAUUAUUAUUGUGUGUGGUAGUGUUUUUUUGUCGUAUAUAUUAUAUAUAUUUAAAACAUUUGCUUUUGUUAAGUUUUGUAAAGAUUUUUAUGUAAUUCGAAACAAACAGUUUUCUUUGUCAAAGUUUUUACGAAUGAUCACAGAAAGUGUUUAUAUAGCAAGUGAUAUUUAUUUUCUCAUUGGUUUCUCGACAACAAAAAAUAUAUGUUAGUAAUGUUCUUUAAAAUUAUUAACAUAUUUUACGAACACAACUAGAAAGUUCUAAUAGUGUUUGAGACAAAAGGUUUGCAGUUUAGAUCAUCUCUGGUAUAUGUAUGUUAAAUUAGUUUGUUUAGAAGUUACAUUAAACUUAUUAUGUAUCCAAACGUUGACUGCGGAAUGGAUAGGGCCCUGGCCUUCCCGAAGUCUGCGUUACAAAUACUAACUUCAAUUAUGAGAACGCGCAAUGUAUUCAGUAAUAAAUAAUAAACUAGUUUAACACUGACAAAUGGCGUCUCUAUAAAUAAAAUUGCCAGUGCAGAAAAUUCCAAGUGUUACCAAUAAUUAUAUUUAUUGAUGAAACUACGGCUGGUGAUAUAUCAGUUUAACCUUACUAGGGUUACUUAAUUAGUGAAAUAAAGCUAUCUUUUUAAAAUUCUUUACGUAAAAUAAAAAUGAAGUUCACUAUAAGUGCAUUUAACUUUUAAUUUGACUUUUAAUACAAAACGUAUUAACGUGGUUUUAAGCGAAAUUUUGGCGUAUUUCUAAUUUAUCAUCUCAAUAAAGAUAAUACUUAAAGAUUAAUAAUAUUUUGUAACAAUUUUCUAGUUUAAAAUUAGUUACAGAUCAUUUAAAAAAUUAUGUACUUAAAUGAAAAUAAUUCUCCUUGUGUCUUUGAAACGACUUCUAUCUAUUUAAAAGUUCUCUAACUUUCUAUUUUUAAUAAAUCGGUUGUAAAUAUGAAGUUUUCUGCUCAAUACGUGCUCGAAAAAUUAAACAAUAGCUUAGCAAUACGAAAUGCUAAGAUAACGAAGUUAUCUUCUUACCACUAACGCCAUCUGUUGGUCAGGUAGCAACUCAGUAGCGCCAUCUAUGAAUUGUAUGAUCGAACUUACUAUUCCCUAAAAAGUAUUCGACCAAUCUAUUUUUUUAUGUCUAUAUCUACUGUUUCUGUAAACGAAUUCUAGUUUUUUAAUUAAUACAUUUUUAUACUGUCGUAGAGUUUCAGAGAGAUAUUUAUUUUCAUCGCACUUAUACAUUCCUAGUGUAUAUUUUAUAUAUUAUUAUUUACUUUCUUUUUUUCAUGAUCUAUAUUCGAAUCUUGAGGUGGUUGCUUCAUAGAAUUUAAUAGUUGAAUAGUGUUUUUGAAUAUUAAACUUUACUCCCAUCUAAAUUAGAUGUAUUCUUCUUGUAAGCGAAACCUCGUUUUUGUGUCUUCUCGUUCUAUUAGAUUUACGAAUGUAGAGAUAUUAUAAAAGUUAUUAUGUUAUUUGGGAGUUGACCGGUCGGUUCUUAGGCCGAUACGAAUCGGUUUUUUUUUGUUGUUGUAUUAAAACCGAAAUAAAGAUAUGGCACAAA